AAUGGGAAGGAUAGUUUUUAACCCGUCAGUCACUCUUACAUUCAUCAGGGCAGAACUUGGUCUUGGUCUUCAUCUUAAGAAGAAGGAGCCUUUUCGGGGCUUAUUUAUUUAUGACAAGGGAUUAGAGAAACUGGGAUUGUUUAUAGGACAGUUUAAAUAAAAGUUAGUUAGUUAUUAAUUGUUUCGGUUUUUUCGGGUGCCGGGUUCAUUGCGGUGUUUGUCUGGAAUUUCCGACAGAGUUCCGAAAAUGAAGAAAGUUCUCUUGGUCCUAUUCCUCGCAGUCUUGCUCGUGGCGGAUGUGCACUCCCAAAAUUCGCCCAAGAAAAAGAAACGUGUCCGAGGAGAGAAGAAGAAAGAGCCGGUAACUCCAGCCCCUACAGAGGCAGCCUCUCAACCUGAGGAUGUCUUCCAAAUCAUGGGACGUGACGACGAGGCGGACACUGCUCGGGCAGAACUCGAAGCUCGAUUGAGGGUCUUGGAACAACAAGAGGCUCAAGAAAUGAAUGAAUUGGACGAAUUUACUGACAAUUAUGGACCAGAUCCAUGUGCCGACAAGAAAUGUGGUCCGGGACGCGAGUGUAAUCCUGGUGAGAAGGGGAGAGCAAAAUGUGUUUGCAUGAAAGCAUGUCCAGAAGAGGAAGAUUUUCGUCGACGGGUUUGCAGCAACUACAAUGAAACCUGGAUCAGCGACUGUGAGCUUUACCGAACCCGAUGUCUUUGUGACGAGGGGUCCAGCGAAUGCAUCAACCCCAUGAACAAGCAUUUGCACAUUGAUUAUUAUGGCGAAUGCCGAGAAAUGCCGCAAUGUUCUGAACAAGAAAUGAGCGACUUUCCCCGUCGAAUGCGUGACUGGCUCUUCAACGUGAUGCGAGAACUGGCCGAUCGUCGUGAACUGAGCCCCCACUACCUCCAAAUGGAACGCGAGGCUGAAAACUCUCCCACGGAAGGUCAUCGUUCUUCAGUUGCUGCCGUUUGGAAGUGGUGCGACCUUGACGGCCACCCACACGACCGGGUUGUCUCUCGGCAUGAACUUUUCCCCAUCCGCGCCCCCCUUAUGGCACUGGAACACUGCAUCGCCCCCUUCCUCGAUGGGUGCGACGUCGAUAACGACCAUCGCAUCACCCUCAAAGAGUGGGGAACUUGUCUCGAAAUCCCAGCGGAUGAGUUGCAAGACAAAUGUGACGAUGUCCGUAAUGGGGUGGAGAACAAUGGGAAUGAAGAAGGUGACGAGGAAGUCUAGAAAAAAUACAGCUUAAUUCAUCUUAAUAAAACUCUAGUUACUCCAUUGUGGAAACUUAUCAUGAAAAUAACACUGCCAUUUCAUAAUAGAUUUAACAUAAUUAUAAAAGAUUAAAUAUAUAAAGUCUUGUAGUCAUUUUUACUCUCUUUUACUCAAUAUGACAAUAAAUAAAAGCUCCACAUAAAAAUUUCA